UCAUUAGAAACAAAUGCACUUGUUUAAAAGUCAUUUUUAAUCAAGCAGUAAUUUUGUCAAACUAAGCAAGUACGUUUGAAAAUAUGAUUUAACUGUGUACACUCACUGGACGUUGUAAGUUAACAAAUGAAAUAUUCUUAUUUGUGGAAUGUCUGCAUUAACUAUGAAAAAACCCAUUGUGGAGAUUCUAGAAUGAGUGUGUCGUCAUGGUGACGUCUCUGUGAUGUCAUCACAAACACUGAACUGGGAUCAGAUGCUGACAGACAGACAGAAGACGAGUACUUGUGCUGAUAUGAUGAAGAAGCAGACGAGAGCAGAAACCCAGCGGACUCGGGCUUCAGCGGAGAUGCAUGACAUCAGAUCUGUGGCUUCUCCUCCUGAGCGUGUCCAAACCCAUCCAGACACCAGCCGAAACUCUCUGAGACCCUUCUACACGGCUCAGAAACCGGCGUGUGGCUUCAGCUUCUCCUGGAGCACAGACCACCGACGCAAACACAACGGCCUGCAGGCCUGCGACCCGGUGAAGUGGAGGAGCCAGUGUGUGUCCAGAGCACAAUAAACCUGCCU